ACUCUGGACUUCUCUCUGGAGGAGCGUCUGUGUCUGGCUGAACUCACUCUGGCACUGGACAAUGAGUUGCUGGUCAGUGGGAAUGGCAUCCAUCAGGCUGCUCUGGUCUCCUACAAGAAUGAGAUAAACUAUUUACAAGUCGUGGCAGACCAGACCUGUCAGGAGAGGGACAAAGCCAAGGCAGACCUAGAACUGGCUGAUCGCCGCAACCUACAGCUUGUCAGAGAGGUGGAUGAUCGCCAUGCAACAAUGGAGUCUCUCAAUGAGUCGAAAAUCAAGGGUUUGGAGCAGGAGUUCCGGGAUAAACUUAUGGUACUGAGGAGCGAAUCAGAGUAUGAAAGUGAGGUGCUUCUAGAGCAGGUAGAGAAGGAGCGGAAGAGACUCCAGGAGGAGCUAGAACUGCUCAGGGCUCAGGACGUUAGCCUUCAGGAGGACAUUUGCACUGCUGCUAAG